UAUCAUUGGGGAACACACACACACACACACACACACACUACUUAAAUUUAGACUAUCUCGGCUCGGUCACUACCAGUAAAUCGGAUAAGCUGCUCAUGAAUAAGUUGAUGAGCUCCUCCUCACUCCCCUCCUCUCCUCCGCCCCCGCUUGUCCAGUUAAAUUCCUCCAGUCAGGCAUCAAGUUCCCCGGGGAAAGGGCGGAGAUUUGGCCUUAAACUCUGUAAUACAAGUACCGAACUGUAAGCAGAGGAGGUCGGACAAACCGAAGUGGUUUUACGGAAACCUCAGACAAGACUGACUUUGUGGCUCUAAUUAACGCAGCGCUGAGUGGGAGCUGAUGGGCAGGCUGAAAUGAGCCGGGAAUCCGAUGAUAUCGGGAUGAAGCAGGCGUAACCGGGAGUAUAUUAGGGGCUGGUCUGCUCUGCUGCUACCACAAGUGAGCGCGUCUUCAAGUUGAGGUUCAAUGGCAGGGAGGUCGACCAGAGGCAUGAACGGCUCGAAUGGGAGCAGAACCGCGCCGGCAAGGGCCGCUGCUCUAGCCGAUCUGCUGCACUAUGAGUGCUCCACCUUACUGGAACUCUUUAGAAAGAAGGAGAACUUCACCGAGGAUGUGACUGACCGUCGUCUGGUGUCUGUCCCUCCUCCUUCUUCCCAGCUGGAUACCAGAGACAAACUCUGGCGCAUCCACUCGGCGUUGCUACAAUGCCAAAAGUUGCUAGAGAAAGCUGUUGCCAAAGAGGAGAAGGAGCUGGGUGGUGGGAAGAAGGGCGAGUAUGAGAACAAGAGGAAGCUGGUGAAAGAAAGGUUGCCGCUGCUCAUACUUAGCACUGGAGAACUCCUCAAAGCUGCUGAAGGCACGACUUCCCUGACUCCUAGUGUGGAGGGCUUGGAGGUAGAUGUCCCAACUGGUCUGCUUGACCUGAAGCUUUGGGUGUACCAGGUCUACAAAGAGGUCAACUACUGGAGCAAGACGGCUGCCAACACCUUGAAAGACCUGCCCUCGGUCAUCGUCAAGGAAGGAGCAAGGACCACGCGGGCCAGGAACAGGAGAAGCACUCGGAGAUGAGAUGGAGAUGUGGGAAGGGUUGAUGAGGAAGGAAAAAGAUUAGGGAGAUAAAUGGCGGAGAUUGGUGAAGGUAUUGAGAAGGUAGUUGCAGAGCAAGGGGUCCGGUCAACGUCAGGAACAAAGUAAAAGACGGGGAACAGAAAUGGAAACAGCCAGCUGCAAGAGACCGAUUACUACUGACAGGGAGAUGAGAAAACUUGGUUACUGUUCAUUCAUAUAUGUAUAUGAAUGAGAGAGAGGAAAACACCAUGCUGUGACAUUUAUGGCAGAGUGUAGCACAUCUCUAUUCUUUCUUUCUUUCUUUCUUUCUUUCUUUCUUUCUUUCUUUCUUUCUUUCUUUCUUAGUUUAGGCUUACAUGUCUCCUUUGAUACAACUGAAACGAUUUCCUUUGGAUGCCCUGCAGCACACGAAACAUGUGAUCAGCAAUGGGCACAUUUAAUUUAUAUUAGCUGUAAACACUGGGGCUAUCAUAACAUGCAGAUCAUUUCUUGGAGAUGUUGAGUGCAUGAAAGAAAAAAUAUGUUAGCAGCACCCUCUAGUGUUUACAUAGUGCAACUGCUUGGAGUCCUCCUUUUCUUUCUUAAUUUCCUCUGAUGUUAAGUAUCUUAAUUUAAUAUUACAUUUGUGGGUUGUUGUUUUUUUUUUUUUAGCACUUAAUUAGCAAUGAAAUAAAUCAGUCUAACCUCAUCAAUGACUCGGGCUCUAAAGCAGGAGUAUAGCAUAAAUGUUCUAUACUCUUAAAAGCCAAAAGUUUGCAAACUCGUGCUAUAAAAAGAAACAAGGCCUUAAAACCUUAAUACAGAUAAUUUGAGGUGCAACUUUUAUUUGUUUUAAUGCAGAAGUAGCUGUUUUACAUGAUCUACAUGCAUCAGUUGUUCUUUACAACAGGCACAUGGCUCUUUAUGACUGUGUCUGCAGUCACAUACACAGUAACUGGUUAAAUUGAUCACGUAUCAGAUAGUAUCAGAGUCAGAAGCGAUGCCCAAAUCCUACCUUACCUGUCUGCCUAACCUGGAUGAGGCUGCUAAUUAAAUUAGCCGAAGACUCAGAUUGUCUUUAAAGAUGUAUGAAGGCUCGGGGUAAGAAACAGAGAAGAUAAAGUAAAUGGGAUCCUUUAUAGGGAAGUCUUGCCUAGAUAGGCACUUAUCCAUAAUGAUGUGGAGGAUAAAUUAGACAGAAAGGCUGAUGGAAGAGUUUUAGCAGGUAUUUUACAAAAGCACUCUUUUUAUUCUAACGACAAGGGCACCAUUUAUAUUUCAACUUUUUAUAAAGGUUUUCUUCGCUUGGCUCUGUGCUUGCUGUGUUUAGCAUCUGUGAGCUGGUUAACUGACAGUAAACAAGACCGUGUGAUGUUCGGGGCACCUCGACUGUUCACGGGCUUUUUUUCCAACUACAUUUUUGCACCGGAAGGAGACCUAAAUGCAUUUGGUCAUUUGAAAUCUGAUUAAUUUCGGAGAUGAAAUGUUGCCCCUGAGAAAAUGAGACUUACUCAACCUAUUGGCUUCAUCUGUUACCCGCACACCAUACAGCACAAAAUCAUUCUGAUUAUCUGCUUUGGAGUUUCAGCAGUGUUUUUAUGUGAUUCACUGUUAAUGAAAUAUGGCUGCUGUGUACGCUGUAUGGGUUGGAGAUGUAGUUUAUGUUUCCUCUUGCUCAUUACUCUGUCAUUGCUGCUGCUGGAGCUCACAAGGCUGACUUUUCUUUUCAUUUAUUCUCUUGUCUUCCGUUCUCAGUUCUUUAAAUUUUAGAGGUUUGGUUUGAAGUAGACCAAGAGCUGUUAGAGGUGUAUCAAAUUUGGCCAAAAACUAAAGAACGGGAUGUAAUUUAAAAGUUAGAGUCCAGUUUAAAUAACGCAGUCCUUGCGAACAAUUCUUUAUAAUCCAGUAUAAAGAAACUGAGUAAUUGCAAAAGCUGACUGCUGGCUUUUCACAGUGAAAGAAGGCUCUAGUUAAGGUUGGCGGCAAUGACUGUGUGCCCUGUGCCUUGAUAUCUGAAAGGGAAAUAGUCAGUUUAGGCAGCACAUUUUAGAAAGUAUUACACUGACUUCAAGAUUCAAUGGCUUCAUAUUUAAAACUUUUAUUCUGUCUGUGCCGUUCCUAAUAAUCUGUCUGAUAUGGACUGACGUACCACUACAUUUAGUCUUUCCUUUGCUAACAUUUUCAUGGAAAGCACCGUGGUUACAUUCCUCGCACACCAAUUGUUUUGUUUUUGUGUAUUCUUAAGAUUGACUGAUUUUCGGUUUUACACUUUUAUCAGUGUUUGAUCUUUACAAAUACAGUUUGUCACACCACAAGGCGCUGUCUUUCCUUUUUUUUUUUUUUUUUUACCUCUGGGGGAGACCAACUGAGCUACAGACAAAUGGGUUAAAACACAAAGGGAGGAUCGGGUUACCAUCACGGCUUCAUACACAGCAAACACACUGUAGCUAUAGUGCAUGCUGUAAAGAUUGUAGUAAUAAAGAAUGUAUGAUUAA